GGCGCGCCCAGAGGUUCCUGGGAGUUGCAGUUCACCGUCUGGUCGUGGACCCAGGACGCUCAGACCAGACGCCUGGGGUCCGUGGGCAGGUCGCCGCAGGAGCCCGGAGUCGCGCGAGGUCGGUGUGGCCUUGGACGCGGCGCAGAGCUGCCGGCCUUGCGGACGCCCCGAGCCGGGGCCUGGCGCGGGCUGGACCCCCGGGUCCUGCAGAGGCUGCGAGGGCCCGGCAACCCGCUUUGCAGAGGAAGAGGAGAAACUAAGGAGAAAGGAGCCCUGGGAAAAGGUUGUUUAAGGGGAAUCUGAGCCGAGCCAGAGCUCGCUCACUGUGACCGCAGCUUUCGUGCAAGGGACCAAAGUGUAAUCUGCGACCCCCACAUGAUUUGAAGACCAGAGCAUUUACCAAGGAGAAGACCAUGAGUAUACUUUUGAGCGAGCUUCUCCAUCACUGUCAUCAUGGAAAGGCUCAGAAGGGGUGCGUCCCAAGGAUGUUUAUUUGAAGAAGCCUGUGACUAUGAGGCCAAGGUAGAAAAGCAAAGGAAGAACGCUAUAGGUAAAAUUUCAAAAAAAUCUCUUGCCCAAACCACUGGUUUUCAGCAAGUAAUAGUUGCCCAGGAAGAAAUAUCUUUAGAGGAAAAUGUACACAAAUUUAAUGUAUUUGAGAGAAGUUUUGAUGUAAGAGCUAAGCUUAAUCCACAGCAUAUUACUUACUCAGAAGCUAAACCACAUAUAUUUGAUUCAUUUGGGAAAAGUGCCAGAUGGGACUUCUCUCCAAUUAAACGGCAAAGAAAUUACAAAAAGAAAAGUUAUAAUUGUAGUGAAUGUGGAAAAAAUUUCAAUGACCGUUCAAACUUUAUUCGUCAUCAAAGAAUUCAUACCGGUGAGAAACCUUAUAAAUGUGAUGACUGUGAAAAAGCUUUUAGCCAGAGUUCAUCUCUUACUGAACAUCAGAGAACUCACACUGGAGGAAAACCCUAUAGGUGUAAAGUUUGUGAAAAAGCGUUCAUUGUAAAUUCAUCUCUUAUUCAACAUCAGAGAAUUCAUACUGGGGAGAAACCUUAUAAAUGUAACGAAUGUGGGAAAGGCUUCAGUGACUACUCAUCCUUUAUUCAACAUCAAAGAAUUCAUAGUGGAGAGAAACCCUAUGAGUGUAUUCAUUGUGGGAAGGCCUUCACGGACAUCUCAUCUCUUACACAGCACCAGAGAAUUCACAGUGGAGUGAAACCCUAUAAAUGUAAUGAUUGUGGAAAGGCAUUCAGACGAAGUACACACCUUACCCAACAUCAGAGAACUCAUACUGGGGAAAAGCCUUAUAAAUGUAACGAAUGUGGGAAAGCAUUCACUGCCCACUCAACCUUUACACAGCAUCAAAGGGUUCACACUGGAGAAAAACCCUAUAUGUGCCAUGCAUGUGGGAAGGGCUUCCCUGAAAAUUCUUCCCUUACUAAACAUCAACGAAUUCAUACUGGGGAAAAACCCUAUGACUGUAGUGAAUGUGGUAAAGCUUUUAGCCAGAGCACUCACCUCACUCAGCAUCAGAGAAUACAUACAGGAGAGAAACCCUUUAGGUGUGAUAAAUGUGGGAAAGCAUUUGGUAACAGUUCAAUGCUGAUCAGACACCAGCAGCUUCACACUUUGGAGUCAUCCUAAUGAUCUUAUGGUUUCCUGGACUAUGUCAUCCUUUCAGGACCUCUCACUUUUUGAUCCUGUGUCUCUUCCCAUGCCACCUGCUCUCCUGCUCACCAUUAUAACCUCUAGGAAUGUUGUUCUCCUGGGAUGAAGUAAAACAGCAUUUCUCAUAGUUGUUGUAAACAGCAAUUUCACUGGAUGACAUCCCCUUUCCUACAUCUAUCCUGAGGAAGUGUGGUUGCUACUCCAUCUCCAUGUUCACCUGUGAACAGUAACCCAUUUUGUAGCAUAGCCGUCACCCUGGGCUUCUGAAUCAGUUUCUCUCUGGACCUAAUUUACUUGUCAUUUCUGGGAUUCCUCACUCUGAUUAUUAAAACAGCCAGGACCAUGCUCCUUCCUCAGUCCUCCCAGAGCCUCCGUCUACACCUGUGGAGGAAGCUGCCACUGUCUGCCCCGCGUGAAAACUGACGCCACAUCUACAGAUGGACAAGUGCUGGUCCCUCUGCAGAAGCUGCCCGUCUCGUGGGGGACAGAGGCAGGCAGACAGUAAACACAGCCAGCUUUAGAGCCACCAGGUUUGGGCAGGAGCUGGGGGUCAUGUGAGUGAAUCAAAAGGUCUAUCAUUUGAACAUGCAGCAAAUAUUGGCCUGGAUAAAACCAUCUGCCUCACUGUGUGUACUUCUCCUUUUCAUAUGUCUUUAAAAUUUGUUUGUGUUUAAUAAAUGCCAAUUCUUUCAAGAAUGCUUCUCAAUGUAGAGCAGUUUUGUGUCAUUGUUUCUUAUCUUAAUGUGUGGUGAAGCUACAAAUGCUGUCACAUGGCAAUGUGGGACACGCGGGGAGUUUUAAAGGAGAUUCCUCCUUGAAGCGAGUCUGAGUGCUGUCAUUUAGUGUCAUUGACGGGCCUCGGGCCCACCAGACCCACUGCCUCCCAGCGGAGCUGGG